AUGCCUCCUAAAAGUAGAAAACUAGAGCUCAAUUCAAAUCAACUCAAGGUAAAAUGAAUAUUUUGAUUAGUCGAGAAAGAAGGAAAUACUGCAUUCCUGAAUAGAUAAUAUAAUAAAGCAAUUAUUUUAUAUACAAAAGCUCUUUGUAAGCUGAUUAUAAAAAUGAUUUUUUUAGAGAUUGAAGAGAACCCUAUUUGUUAUAAUAAUCGUUCGCAAGCAUAUAUCCAGACAGAAGAACUAGAAUUAGCUUUACAAGAUUGUAAUAAAGCAUUACAAUUAAAUCCAGGUUAUGUGAAAGCAAUCACUAACAAAGCAUAAGUGUUAUAUGAAAUGGGUUAUGUUUAAGUAAUCUUUUAAACUUAUUGUUAGGAAGCUAUAGAAUGUUUGUAGAGCAUAAAUAAUCAUACUCCAGAAAGUGAAAUGUUACUCAAUCAAUAUUAAUCAUAAUCUCUCAAAGUAAAACUGAUAUCACAUCAAGACUUUAUUAGAUUAAGGAGAAUUAGAACGAUAAAAGAGACUAUUAGAAUGGUUGAAAUAAGGAAAAGCAAUCUUUCCAAAAAUCAAAAUUGAAUGCUAUUCAGAAGAUUAUCGCGGUGUUAAUGCUAAAUAAACUAUAAGUGCCAAAGAGCUCAUUCUAUUUAUACCAAAGUCUCAUAUGAUUACUUUAGAAAUGGCUAAGGAAACUUCUAUAGCUAAAAAAAUGAUAUAAUUCAGAUUAGAUUUACUCUCACCUAAACAUUCAUUUCUAUCUACUUUCCUACUAUAAGAGAAAUUCAAACCUAAUUCAUUUUGGAAACCAUAUCUAGAUAUUUUACCAUAAUCUUAUCCCUCAUUUCCCAUAUUUUUUAAUAAUAAUGAUUUAGAAUGGCUUAAAGGCUCUCCAUUUUAAAGUAACUUUUCUUUAAUAAUAAUUAGAAUAAAUCAAAGAUAAGCUAUCUGACCUUAAAAAAGAUUAUAAUGAUAUCUGUACUAUUGCACCUGAAUUUACUUAAUAUUAAUUCCAUGAAUUCUGUUGGGCAAGAAUGACAGCCAGUAGUAGAAUUUUUGGAAUUAAUAUAAAAGGUAUAAAAACAGAUGCAUUUGUACCUUUGGCUGAUAUGCUGAAUCAUAAGAGACCUAAAUUAACCUCUUGGUGUUAUUCUGAUGAAAAAUAAGGAUUUAUCAUUGAAACUGAUGAAAAAAUAGAGCGAGGAUAAAUGAUUUUCGAUAGUUAUGGACGAAAAUGCAAUUCAAGAUUUUUAUUAAAUUAUGGUUUUGUAGUUGAAGAUAAUGAUGCAAAUGAAGUUAAUGUUAUUGCUGAAGCUGAUCAGUAUGAUCCUCUAUUGCAUUUAAAAGAAGAAGCUGUAAAAGAAUCAUUAUAAUGGCCUAAAACCUUUAGAUUAGUUAUGGAUACUGAUGGUAAUCAUAUAAAAUAUUAUCUAUUAGAAAACACUGUUAUUGAAUUUAUGAGUUAUAUCAGAUUUUUAGUAAUUAAUGAUGAAAACCAACUUUAAUUACUUUUAAAUUAAAAAGGCUACUAAAAUUUUAAACCAACUAAAACUUAACCUAUUGGAAUUUAUAAUGAAUUAGAUAUGUGGAUAAUGAUUGGUAGAAUAUGUAAAAAGUUUCUUAAACACUAUCCAACUACAUUUGAGGUGAGUUUAUAUUUAAAUUAUUUAGUAAGAUUAAGAAAUCCUAAAAAUUUGUGAAUUGACUACAAAUUAAAGAAAUUGCUUGAUUUUAAGAAUGGGAGAAAAGGAAAUUCUUAAAUUUUACUUGGAAUUCAGCGAAAAAAUGAAAUAGCUUCUAAGUAAUUUUAAUUUAUAAGUAUUAUAUUCACAAUAAUUACAAUAGGAAAUAAACAUAUUCAGUUCAAAAGAAGAAAACUACAAAUACUUAAACUAUAUUAAUAAAGUUAUUAUGUUUUAAAAUUAGAAUGAUUAAUGA